CGCUGAGGGGCCGCAGCCGCGGGGCCGUGAGGGACGCGGGGAAGCGGCUGCCGGCGCCUCCGCCUCGCCGAGCACACAGAGGAAGCGAACGCCCAGUUUUAAACCUGAAGUAAACAGAAGAAAAGCUGGCAAUGCCUUCUGAAGGGGCAGAAUAUACAAUUGGGGGGGUGAAGAUCCUGUUCCCCUGCAGGGCUUACCCCUCCCAGCUCGCCAUGAUGAACGCUAUUGUUAAAGGCUUGAAUAACAGGCAGCACUGUUUGCUGGAGAGCCCCACAGGAAGUGGCAAAAGCUUGGCAUUGCUUUGUUCUGCAUUAUCGUGGCAGCAGGCUUUGUAUGAGAAAUCAGUGCCAACCUCGUCGUGUGACAAGGACAGGAAGGCAGAGCCGUCCCCACCGUGUCACUGCAGGUGUCACUCCCAGCCUCAGAGCAGCGAGGCUGCACCCAGUGGGACCCACAGUGCUCCUGGUUCUGCCAGUUAUCCUGGCACAGCAACUUCCAGGAAACCUGGGAGCCCCCUGCCAAACACAGGAUGUAGGGAAAAUGAAACACUGGCUUCAAAACUGUCUGCCAAAAAAAAGUUAUCUCUUCGUGACUGUGAGAACGAUGAUUUUCAAGCAGACAGGAAAAGGAUUCGUCCUUUGGAAACAGAGCAGCAGCAGCUUAGAAAACGUCAGUGCUUUGCAAAAGGAGUGCAGUUGGUUGAUGCUUUAGAAGUUUAUCAUCAGAGGAAAAAUGGAGAGCUGACUGUUCACUCUGAAAAAAGCAUGAAAACUGCCACUUUUUCUCCCCAAACACCUCCUGGCCCUUGCACUGAGUGUUCUUGUUCUUCUGGGAAAGAACCUGAUAAAGAUCCCAGUCACACAAAGAAGAAAGAAAAUGGAGAUCGGUUGUGCGUUCCUAAAAUUUUCUUUGGGACACGAACACACAAGCAAAUAACCCAGAUCAGCAGGGAGCUGAAGAGGACAGCAUAUUCCUGUGUGCCCAUGACAAUCCUUUCCAGCAGGGAUUAUACCUGUAUUCACCCAGUGGUGUCCAACAGCAGCAACAGGAAUGAAAUGUGUGUAGAAUUGCUGGAAGGAAAACAUGGCAGGUCCUGCUCUUAUUACCACGGUGUUCACAAGCUCUGUGAGCACCAUGCCCUGCAGCCUGCACCCAGGGCUUGGGACAUUGAAGACCUGGUGAGCCUGGGCAGGAAGCUUCGUGCCUGUCCCUAUUUUGCAGCCAGAGAGCUCAUGGUGGGGGCAGACAUCGUGUUCUGUCCUUACAAUUAUCUGCUGGACCCACAGAUCCGGGACAGUAUGGACAUUAAUCUAAAAGACCAAGUAGUCAUUUUGGAUGAAGCCCACAACAUUGAGGACUGUGCUCGGGAGUCCGUGAGCUAUGGGGUCACCGAGAGCCAGCUCCGAGCUGCCCGGGAGGAGCUCGAGCUCAUGGUCAGCAACAGCAUCAGGCAGAAGCACCAUGAGCCCCUCCAAGCUGUGUGCUGCUCCUUGCUCAACUGGUUGCAGGAGAGCUCAGGGCAGCUGGUGGAGAGAGCCUAUGAAACUGCCUGUAAGGUGUGGAGUGGCAAAGAAAUGCUCGGCUUUUUGCACAAAAUGGGAAUAACUGGCAUUACUUUUCCCAUUUUACAGAAACAUCUUGCUGCUGUCCUGGAAAAAGAAGAAAAAGUUUCUAUGCAUGGGAGAGAGGAACUUAUUGAGGUGCCAGUAGUGAGCCCUGCAACACAGAUUGUGCUCAAAGGCCUGUUCAUGGUCCUCUCCUGUCUCUUCAAAGAGAACAGCAGGUUUGCAGAUGAUUACAGGGUUGCUCUACAGCAAACUUACACCUGGAUGACUGAAAACCAACGUGAUGAUGCAGAUCCAAAUCCCUUCUUCGUGAGGCCCAAACAUAAAAAGAGUUCAAGGCAGAAAACCCUUGUCCACAUGCUGAAUUUUUGGUGCUUGAACCCUGCUGUGGCUUUUUCUGACUUAAAUGAAGUUAGAACAAUUGUUCUGACAUCAGGCACGCUGUCUCCCAUGGAUUCCUUUUCCUCAGAGCUUGGAGUGAAGUUUUCCAUUCAGCUGGAGGCGAAUCACGUUAUCCGCAACUCCCAGGUUUGGGUCGGCACGGUGGGAGCGGGCCCCAACGGGCGCAAGUUGUGCGCGACCUUCCAGCACACCGAGACCUUCGAGUUCCAGGAUGAGGUGGGAGCCCUGCUGCUCUCAGUCUGUAACACAGUUGGCCAAGGAGUUCUGUGCUUUUUGCCAUCCUAUAAGAUGCUGGACAAGUUAAAGGAUCGUUGGAUGCACACUGGCUUGUGGAGGAACCUGGAGGAUGUUAAAACUGUCAUUGCAGAGCCCCAGGGAGGGGCCAAGAGUGACUUUGAUGAGCUGCUGAAAAUCUACUAUGAUGCAAUCAAAUGCAAAGGAGAAAAAGAUGGAGCUCUGCUGAUUGCUGUGUGCAGAGGGAAGGUCAGUGAGGGGCUGGAUUUCUGUGAUGAGAAUGCCAGGGCAGUUGUGACCAUUGGAAUCCCCUUCCCAAACGUGAAGGACCUGCAGGUUGAAUUAAAGAGGAAGUACAAUGACCAGCACAAAAGUACAAGAGGCCUUUUAUCAGGGAGCCAGUGGUAUGAAAUUCAAGCUUACAGAGCUCUCAACCAAGCCCUGGGAAGGUGUAUAAGGCACAGGAAUGACUGGGGGGCUCUUAUUUUGGUCGACGACCGCUUCAGGAAUAACCCAAAUAAAUACAUAACUGGCCUGUCCAAGUGGAUCCGGCAGCAGCUGCAGCACCACGGGGAUUUCGGCAGCGCCCUGCGCUCGCUGCGCGCCUUCGCCCGCAGGAACCAGGGGGGAGAGCAGAGCCCAGAGCCCAGCCCUGAGCUCCCUGCUCACAGCCCUGAGCUCCCUGCUCACAGCCCCGAGCUCCCUGCUCACCCCACACACCUCUCCCAACACGAGGCCACCCCUCCUCUGUCCCCAGAUGUUCCUGCUCGAAGUCAAGAGCAGAAUUUGGCCUCAGCCACAGCAUGGGAUGAGCCAAGUGACAGCAUGGCAGCAGGGACACCAAGUGACCAGCAAGUUGAUGCAGAGAGCCAUUCUCACCCUGUAAAACAGAGAAGGAAACAUAUGGAGUGCAUCCCCAAAAUGCCAACAAUUAAAACAGAGACAGGAAAAAUGAAUGGUUGGAGCAAUGCUGGUGCUGUGGAGGAGAAUUGCUGCUCUGAACCCCUGACUUCAACCCCUGCAGCCAAGAACUGCAGGGCCACAGCAAGCAGCAGCCAGGAGCAUUUGAAUGGGCCCAGUGACCUCAUUGAUCAUUUCAAUCAGUGCCAAUCAUCACUAACUGCAGAACACAAACCAAUGGGACCAGAAUCAUGUUUGGAAACAACUCAUCCCCCAGUUAAAAAUGCUGAAGGACAUCCUGGGAAGGGAAGUCCAGCAGCAGGGAGAGCUGAGCCCUCCCCAUUAAAUGAGGAUGAGGAUGAGGAUGAAAGCAUUUACUUCACCCCAGAACUCUAUGAUGAUGCAGAGCCAGAGGAGCAGAGAACUGAGCCCCCACUUCCAGCCUGUGGUACCACUGGGAGCUCCAGAGUCCCUGCUGAUCUUUUUGUCACCAGCACCUCAGAAACACAGAAUGUGGCUGGAACAGCUGAGGCUGGCAGAAAUCCCCAUGGAAUUGUGGAACAUGCAAGGAGCAGGGACAGUGCAGUUGGUGCUGUGGAGGUGGCAGCUGCAGCUGGAGCAGAGCAGGGAGGGUCUCAGGAGACCCCAAAAAGGAAAAUCAGCCUUUCCAGAUCCAGAAAUAAAGGAAUUUUGAGAAAAGCUUGCUACAGUAAUAGUGAGCUGCAAAUAAUCUGGAAAGUCUUCAGAAAUGCCAAUAUAAGAAGUAAAGAAUCCAUUAAUGAUUGUAAGUGUAAGGCAGAGGCCAUUUCAGAGGAUGAUAAUGUGAUGAUGGUCAUCUCAGAUGCUGCAAGUCUUGCUCACCUUAAAGAAACUUUGAAGAUUUAUCAGAUGCCAGUGGAAGACCUGAAUGGCAGUUUAUGUUUAAAUGCUCUUUGGAAUGAGAAGGAAUCUUCUCUGACAAGUUACCUGCAGUGCAGGAGCUGUGUCCUUCAGUCCAUCUCUCCAAGCCCUUUGAUAGGAGCUGAGGUCACUCAUUUCACUAAUGAAGUGCAGUCAUGGGUCUGGCUGCUUCCCUCAUCUGUUCAUUAUUGCUUGCUGCUGCAGAAUCCUCCAGAACUGAAACCAGGCAGUUCAGAUUCUGUUUUAUCUUAGAAGAGUUUUGCUGAGCCAUGCCAUGUAUUCAUCAGGAUUAAUAAGACAGAUAAGUAAAGGACUUUUUAAUUAUUUAAUGCCAACCCCAACCCAGCUGGUGUUCAGGACAGUAUUUGUGAGUGAGGGAUGGGAAGGAGGGACCUGGGUACAAAUUCUGGCCCCACUGGGGGCUCUGCCUUUCACUGCCACAGAGCAAAGACUUCACCUUAUGUUUAAAGGAAAUAUUUCCUAGGAUUUUCUGAAUGUGUUUUUAUCUCCCUUUUCACUUUUAAAUGCUUGUUUACCUUACAUGGCCCUUCAAAGUAAUUUAAUGUAAGAACUUCUCAUCAAUUCCAAGUUUGAACUGCCUCAUUUUUAAAUUUCUUGUGCACUUAGAGACCCCACAUGGCAAUGGCUGGGCUGAAAACAUGGUAGGGGAGCAUUGGCAUGUUUUGUCUUGCUGUGAUUUCAACUGCAUUAAAGAAACCCAGAAAUGAAAACAUUUCCAUUUGUUUAUGUAACUCAAAAAACCCAAUAAAAAUGGGCUAGAAUAUCCUUCCAUGAACACAACCCCCUUUUGGAGCAGACCACAAACACAGGGACACCCCCCCCCACAUCCCAUCUCCCCCACCAAUGACAAAUUAGAGCAGGUCCAAAUCCUCCCACUAUUUGUCUUAGGAAAUAUGCACCACUUUUACAGGGGAAUUUGGAAAAUAUUUUCUGUGGAAGGUGAAAUCCUGCAGCACAAAGCACAGCCAUGGGCACCGGCAGCCAACAGAGGGCUGCUGUAAAACAACCUUUUAAUAAGGCAUUAAAAUGCCAUCGACCUGGACACAUAAAAAAAAAAAAAGCUAUGAAAACAAAUGCCUUUCAAAUAAUUAGGAUCUUAUGCCUGAGAGCAGUGCUGAUCUCCAUGCAGAGAUUUUCCUGCUGCAAUCAGAGCAGGAAUGAAAAGAAAUCGGCCGCGCUCGUCCUGCCGUGCACAGGCAGCCCCUGAGCCACCCUGCAGCCCUGGCAGCUCCUCCCUUCUGCCCCUGAAGUCUCAUUUCUGAACCUAAAGUCUCUUUUCUGUUCCAUAAAGUCUCAUUUCUGAACCUAAAGUCUCUUUUCUGCCCCUAAAUUCUCCAUUCUGCCCCUACAUUCUCGUUUCUGUCCCCUAAAGUCUCCUUUCUGUCCUCUAAAUUUUCCUUUCUGUCCUAAAUUCUUCUUUCUGCUCCUAAAGUCUCUUUUCUGUUCCAUAAAGUCUCAUUUCUGUCCCUAAAGUCUCCUUUCUGUCCCCCAAAUUCUCCUUUCUGUCCCCUAAAUUCUCCUUUCUGCCCCUACAGUCUCCUUUCUAUCUCAUAAAGUCUCAUUUCUGCUCCUAAAUUCUCCUUUCUGUCCCCUAAAAUCUUCUUUCUGUCCCUUAAAUUCUCCUUUCUGCCCCUAAAUUCUCCUUUCUGUCCCUAAAGCAGCUUGGAAUUCACUUGGGUUAGGAUGCCAGAAUAUUUUUUUAAUUGAAUCUCAAGUUUUUAUCAUGAGCAUGUGAAAGGUUUGAUUUGCUGAUUUUUAGGGUGAGUCUGGCUGAUACAGCCAGGAAUAGCUGCAAACCCCAUUUUAAAAUCUGCAAACCCCGUUAAAAAUCUGCUGUGGGCUUUUCUUUCACUUCAAGUAAUGUGCUUUAUUCAUUUCAAGGUUUAGCAAUAGUUUGUAGUGUGAAAAAUGCAUCCAACUGUUGUAUAAAUGUAUCCUUUCAUGAAAUAAAAUAAUUCUUCAAGAAGAAUUUUAUCCAUAUUAUUUCCAUACUGUAAUGUAUGGAAAUACAAAAAGAAUUCUAAUAAAUGAUCAUUCAUGUCUGUGUGUUCAAGUCACAAUUGUUGUCAGCACAGCUCAGAAAAGCUGCACUAUUAAAAAAUGUCUUUGGAAGGAUGUGCAUCUGUGAUUACAUAAUUAACAGGAUCAAAUAAAUUAAUGAAAUAAAUAUUAACAGGAUCAAAUAAAUUAAUGUGGCUCUUGCCUAAGAGUUGGGCAUCAGACUCUCAGCUUUAAGUUGGAAUUUAAUACAUUUUUAAAUGAAUAUUAUUAAAUGAAUAUUGCUUUUCUUACAUAAUAAAAUUUCUGUUUUGAUCUCCCUUUUACAGACCACAAACAUCAAUAAUUCAGAGAAAUGAAUGUAUGUCCCUUCUGUAUUUAAUCUCAUUUCCUGUUUUGUCCUUAGGUAACAGUUCCCCCUAAGGCACAUUUUUAAACUUCCAAUCCAGCCUUUUUUCCAGAUCUGGGAUUGCAGAUGCUUCUCAGUUUUGUGUUUUGCAUCCCCAGAGCUGUGCCCAUGAGCAGAGCCCUGUGUGUAACAUUCAGAAUAAAUCUUCAUCCAUUAAUCCAUUUUCUCUGACUUUCUGCUCACCUGGCUUUUCCAAGUGUGACAACCUCCACUGCAGAGGAUUUUUAUGCAUUGCAACCCAAAUUUUUGGAGUAAAAUUCUGCAGCCCUGGUCAGGUUAGAAAGCUUUGGGCAGAAUUUUCAGGUUGCUGUGAAUUGCUGUUAAAGCUGUGUUGCUUUUUGGCUGGAAGUACAUCCCAAUUAGUGACCCUUGCAUGGAGCAGUAGCACCAGAGAAGGGAUUUGGUUGGUUUUUUUUCAAGUCAGUUGUAAAUGAUUAGUCCAAAAGAGCAGCAUAAAACUGUGAGUCCCCUGCAGGAGUCGGCUGGAGGAAAUUAAAGGAUCAACAACAGAAGGGAAGCACUGAGGUAGGAUUGUUCCAGGCUGCAGCCACAGGCUCUCACAUGCACUCAGGAAAUUGGCUCCAUCAAAAGUGAGGAUGCAGGAGUGAGGAUGAGGAGGAUCAUGCAGGUGAUGGUUCUAAAUCCUGGCUCCAGACCCAAGGCACAGCUUUCCUCCCCUGCCCACAAAAAGCAUUUCCCAGGUAAAAAUGGAAUCUUCUCUUUAGGAAUCAAUAAAAGCUCGGCAGAAAUGGGAGCUGUAAAUCUGAUCUGACUCAAUAAAUAACAAAGAUUCAGUUUCUCCACAAUAAUAUCAGCUGGAUGGGGAUUUGUGCUGUGCCCUGUUUGUGUGUGAGAGCUGUGAAACCAAUGAGUCAGGAGCUCUUGGCAGCCAGGUAAAGCUUUUCCUUUAAAGUCUAAAGUCAAUUCAUUCUGCAGAAAUUUGCAUCUUCUGGGCCUGGGAUGAAGCUGAAACCUUUGCUGGUGGAGCAGGAAAGGAUCAGAGGAGGGGAAAUGCAUAAAUCUCCAUCUGGAGCCAAGUUUGCUGGGAAGGAGAUGGGGGAGCAGGAGAGCCAGAGCAGCUGAGAGCAAAAUUCCACGGGAAAAGUGGAAGAAAAGAAGAGGAAUGUCCCAGGAAUUCAGCUCUUCUAAUGCUCAAUACUUCCAUCAGAAGCAAACCACUGGGAAGCUGUAACCCAAAUAAGGGAAUUAGAGCAAAAAUUACCAAUAUUCAAGUAUUCAGAUGUCAAAAGAAGCAGUGGAGUUAUUGGUGUUAGAGGUUAUUGCCAGAGGGGAGAGCUCAGCAUGUCCUGGGUAAUUAAGCUUCAUUGCAGAGCAUGGAUCCCUUCUCCAGGUAAGAAAGUCUUUUAUAGCAUGGCAUCUUUGCUAUUGUAAUUAAACACCAUGGGCUAUUCUGCAUAUGAAGUCUUAAACACUUCAGUCCUUUAUCAGGGGAUUUUACUGGCCAGGCAAAAAAAACCCGGCUGCUAUAAAAAAAGAAACCCAAACAUUUCUUUUUAUUACUCCACUCGCUGUAUUUUUAUAUAUAUUGAGCCAAAUUCAUCCCUUGUGGAGCUCAGUUGAAGCCAAUAAGGGCAGAUUUGGCCCAUGUCUAUAUGAGAAAGGUGGUGACAAUUAAAAUAUAUUGUUUAAUAAUGAGAGCUGUGGUAGUGAAGUGUCUUUGUGUCUAUGAAAUUAUACACCACGACACCCAGCCAGUGUGGAGCUGGGGCUAGCAAAACACAUCAGGCUGGUUUCUGAUGGCAAGGCAAAAGCACUCUGACUUUUAUGAUUAUGAUUAAAUAUCACAAAGGCAUUUGAACAAGGCUAAUUUAGGUAACAUCUCCAGAAGUCUCAUUUAUAGUGCACUAUUUUACCAUUUGAAAAUAUUUCUUGCCUGUUUUUAUAUGUGGCUCUCAAGGACAGCAUGACUGGCUGUUAUUAGCAGUAAGUAAAAGAACAGUUUUUAUUUCACUCACAUUUGAGAGACUUUCAGCAAUAUUACAAGAAGGAAUGUACCCUAUUAAAUGAAAAGUGAGGACAGCCUUUACUCUCCCUUUACUCUGGCAAUUCCCAGUUGUUCCCUGCUCAGGGCAUGGGACCAGCACAUGAAAGGCAUCCCUGGUACCCUGAGGAGCUGAAAAUAUUUCCAGUUUAGCAGCACCCAAAGCAGAGGAGCCCUCAGUGUGCACAGGGGUUGUUGUUUCCUGGGUCCUACCCAACAACUCCUCUGUGUAUCCCUGGAGUUAAGUGGGGUGAAUUUACAAGCUGGAGUUUGCUGUGCUCUCUGCUGCACUCUGGUUCUCCACAGCCAGGAGCAAAUCCUCAUCCCAGGCUCCAGCCCUGCUGCCAGGGCUGCUGGCUCAGCUUUGCUCUGCCUUGGAAAUGUCCCAGAUUUUGGCUCCAGCACUUUCCUGUUGUGUGGAGGUGGGGAGGUGGGAUGAGAGAGGGAAAAGCAGAGAUUUCCCUUGGGGAAAAGUCUUUUUCCCUGGGGCUCCUCUGUCCUGAGCCUUGGCCAGAAAGGUCAGAGGAAUAAGAGAGAUUUUGUUGAAUAAAGAACUAAACUGGCUCUAUCAGCUCACACCCAGCUGAUGGAGCAGCAGAAAAGGCAGCUCUUAAACAACACUAAAGAUAUAAAAUAUCAGUUCUGCUGCCUCUGGUCUUCUAAGGAGUCACUGACCCCCAAAAAUGAGAGUAGGGAGGGAAAUGCAGAAGAAUAAAAAUCAUUUUUGCUGUGCUUGUUACUCAUUCUGAAUCUCUUUUAUGGAAAUCUGGCCUUUGGCAUCAGACUGAAAUAAUGUUUUAUUAGAAGAAAGCAUGAUUCAUGAAAUGGGGCACUGCAGUAUCUGUGGAAAGGAAAACUGGGAAGGACACAAGAGUUCAGCUGUGGAAAACCAACUCAAGGGACCAUUGCCCCACCAAGGAUCCCAACCCACAGUCAGAAACAACAGAAAGGAACAAAGUAUUUCCAAAAAAAGUUUUAAUAUGGUGGUGGAGCCAAGUAAGGAAUGAUUUUUAUAUUAUUUAUUACUGGGUUAGAUGUCAGGCAGGCUCAUACAGCACCUGUGGAAGGAGAAUACUCUGUCCUUUGGGAAUUAAUUGGAUUUUUUAUUAACAUCAAUGUGAUGAUCAGGACUGGCCCAUGUACCUGAGAAACUGAAACUUAACCAAAGGAGUAAUUAGAGAUCCCAGCAGGAAGGGGCUCUUUGGUCUGUCCUAGACAGGAUAAAAGUCACUUUUCUCCUUUUUUGCCCAUUUUCAGAGAUUGUUUUUGGAGCUGGGAGAAGCUGUGUUAUCCAUGGUUCUCUCUGUAUGAUGAGAAGAGAAGCAGCAAAAAGAAUGAACAGAACAAGCUCAACCCCUCCAUGUCACUGAUUGCUCAGAACUCACCCAACACUGCAACUCCUUUGCCUGUUGCUUUUGCUCCUUGGCAAGAGAAGAGAAUUUAUAUUUAAUUAUUUUCCUUUUCCCCCCUUUCUCUCCUUUAAGUUUUCCAGCUCAUGUUUUCCCUGUAUUUAUUAUAUCCCUGCUUCCCCUUCUUUUGCUGUUAAUAGGAUGAAAACUGAUUUUGGGACAAUCUAAUUAGCUACUUGCCAGAGGACUGUUCAAACCGUUGCUGCCCAAGUAGACGGUGCUGACAUUCCACCUAAUUCUUCUUAUUAAAAAGUCAAUUUUCCACCAGUUUGUAAAUACAACCCUGCUGAAAAUGUUCCUCAAAACUGCAGCAAUGUAUGGUUCAAAGCCAAAAAUCUGUGUUUGCUGAGAACUAAGGAGAAUGACAACAAAAAAACCCAGAUUUAAAAUGUUGGCAUUUGCCAAAUACUCCUUCAAACCUCUUCCCCACCAGUAUUUUUCAGUGGAACAAGAGCCUUGUGACCUGUGGACCUGGUUGCAAAGGUGGGCAGGGGCUCAGGAGGGCAAUUCCCAUUCUGGAGGCACCUUGGUGCUGCAAACCCACUGGCACAUCUGAACCUGCAAUCCCAAAAGUGCUCAGACAGGAACAUGAGCAGGAAAAGGAAAAUGAAAAGGAAAAGGAUCCUCCUGCAGGAAUGGGGGCCACAAACACCCAGCAAGGUGAUACAAAGCCCCCAGGGCAUCACCCUCCCCAGUCACCCCUCAGUGGGGCUGAGCAACCCAUGCCAGGUUUAAAUUUAAUCCUGGUUUAAGUAGGACUCAGGCUGGGCAAGGAGGGGCUGUGAUGGAACCACCUCCUAACCCCUCAGUGUGUUUUAGAGGCAUUUCUCCCAUGGCAGUGUUUGCACAUUAAAUAAGGUUCAUGUUGGACAAGGAUUUCUGCUUUGCUUGUACCACUCCCAAGAUUUAAUUUUCUUUAAUUUUUAAUCUUGAUCCUGUUCUUUGCAGGGAGCAAAUCAGUUCAAAAUGUGAUAUUUUCUACCAGCAAAUCACAGGUUUGUGAUUUCUCUUCCAGCCUAUCACAGGAAUAAAACCCCUCCAGUCACACUGAAUUUAGGCUGCCUCUUGUCACAGCCAAGUGCAUGGCACCUCCUUGGAGCAGGUCCUUGAAUUAAAAUAUUGCAGAUUUUUUUGCUGUUUAAGCACUACUGCAGAAACAUGAGUGGCCAAGGAGAGAGGAGGUUUUUUUUCCUCCUCUGGCUGGAAUUUUUCACUAUAACCAUCCUCAGGGGAGUUCUCAUCUUCAAAAGAAACAUUCUUUCUAUACAAGCUGCAAAAAGAAUUAUUUAAUGACAUCAUAAAUUAAUACAGAGAGGCACAAAUUUUCCAAAAUGUGGGGAGAGAGAAAAAUAAAUUCAUGUUUGCCAAAAACACCCCAGCUCUUCCAGACUUAGGCCCCUCUUGAGCCUGUGAGCUGCCAGUGAUGCCAAAUUGAAUGGUGGGGCUUUUGGCAGGACUGAAGUUUAGCUUGUUUAAAUUUUGGCAAAUAUUCCUAUUACUCACAUUCUCAGCAAGCUGAUACAAAUAUUUGUUCUAUUUAGAGGGAAGUCCAAGCUCAGUCUGGCACCGAGUGCUGCUGGGCUGGGUGGAACUGAGCCUGCACCAAGAUUAAAUUUGGACAUCUACCUUAAAGAAAAACAGAAUUAAAAAAAAAUUCCCUGGGCCUUUUAGUACAGAUUAGAGCACAUCAAUGGAAAAGAGUCCUCCUGUGUAUUCAGGUUUUUCUCACUUGCUAAUUUUUGCUUUAAUCUGAUUUGAAGUGGGGCUGCUUUCCCUGAGCUUGGAUUGCCAUUCUGGGCUGCAACUCUGGGGCUGGAAAAGCCUCCACACACACAAACCUCCACAUUCUUGAGAAUUAAAAGCUGUUUAAACUGUAGUAAAUCAAACUGGCACACAGUGAGCACACUUGAUCUCUUUUAAAGCUGUGCAGGUUGUUGGGAUUUUUUUUUUAGUGAUGUGCCCAGUUUAGUGUUUUUGAUUCAAAAAACAAACAGAGCAAAUCCUGCAGGACACUCAGGACUGCUCUGCUUCAUCCUGGGAAUGAUUCUGCUCCACCAGGACCAGCAGGACCAGCACCUGCCAAACCUUUCCAGGUGGGAAAAGCAGGAAAAAUCCAAUGGAACCUGGGUGCCUCACCUGGGAGCCUGGGAUUGGGACUGGACACAUACCCAGGUUGGAAAUCUUGCAAUGAAAACAUAAACUAAAAAAGAACAACCUGUUUCCAUCCCAUAAAUUAAUACAACCAGCUUUUUUUUUUUUUUUUCCUGUGAUCAUCUUGAGUGGGAUUUGUAAUGUGAAUAAUUCAAUGAUUCUGGAUGUUUUUGUCUAAGUCACACAGGAGGGGGAUCCCACUAAUACGACUUUUUAGCUGUUUGGAAAUGGGAAAUCUGCUCUAAGUGGCUGAACUGGAUUCCUCUGAGUGGAAAAAGAUUGUCACUGGAGAAUGAUUCAUCCCAUUUCAUCUCAGUGUCUGAUCUCUCUCCAGUGACUAUAAAAGGAACCCAGAUGACCAGAUUAGCAUAUAUCCAAAUUUUGCACAUUUUUAUGCUAACUCAGCCUUUCCCAAUCAGGUCCUGUGCUCAUAAAUCCCCUGUGCUAUUUUUACAAGGAAAAGCUCAUUAUUUGGCACAGGGAUUCCCAGGAUAUUCACUCAGCUCCAGGGGCUGCUGUGGGACAGAGCCUGGGCCCUGCCCUUUGCAAAGGCUGCCAGGUAAAACUUAAAUUGUCCACAUGACCAAGGUUUCUCUGAAAGAUUCUGGGAUGAUUCUUACAGGAAUUACUUUUUAAACUGCCUUAAAUCAAUAAAUAUUGCAUGGAUGAGCAGAACAUGAAAAAUGGUUGAAAAGGCAGCAGUGAUUAUUCAUUCAAAUGACAUUGUUAUUGUGUUGGUCACCUCUGGAAAACAGGCAGAGGAUCCAGGCAGAUUUUCCUUUGCAGCCUGGGCUGCUGACCCCACUCAUGUUUGGGUUCCAUUUGUCUGGCUCAGUGUUGAUGCAGUGUCACAGUGAGAAAUGAACUGAGCAUUGCAGAUUGGGCAGUGACACCCCCAGACCUCUCCCCUCUCCCUCCCACCUUUAAUUCUUGAGCACUGAGCUCCCCCAGGCACAGGAACGUGGCUUUGUGCCCUGGGGAUCAGUGGCUGCUUUUUCAGAUCAACUCCUGUGACCCCUCAAGCAAAGAAAAAUCCCAAAUGAGCCCCAAAACCUGGUGGUGGAGCUUUGGGAUGGUGAAAAAAGGGUCAGGUGUGCACUUGGGGAAGUGGGAGCUUGGUGAAGUCAGGCAGGGGAGACAGAAGAGAGAUGAAGCAUCUUAAUUCACCAUGGAACAUUGUUAUACUAAUUAUUGAAAUGCACCCAGAGACAGCUUGUAGUAGUAAAAUGACUUUAUGUUCUGAUAUGUAAAAUAAAAUGUCCAUGCUAUGUAACAAACAUUUAAAAUUUCCAUACCACCUGUAUCUAAUGUGGUUUCUAAUAAAGAUUUAUCUGUAGUAUAUAU